AUGGCGGAUCAGGAAAGUAAUGGUGAAAGUAAACGCCUUCCACGAAUGGCAGCGUCUCUUAUGCUACGCUGCUCCGAGCUUGAGGCCACUUUCAGCCGAGCCAAUCACACGCCCAGCCCUCCUUGCCACCAUUUCAAAGACGCACCUGAAAAUGGUAGGGGAGGCAGAUCUAAGUCUACAGCGUUCCUGAGCCCUGUCCUGACAGAGGAAACUAUGUCCCCGCGGAAGGAGACACCCAGGGCACAAUCUCCAGACCACAUGUCUCUGGAACCUCCGGCCCUGAUGGAGGAAGCGGAGGAAGACACAGAGGAAGAUUGCUGUGAACAGUACUCUCUCAAGAGCUUAGACUGCAGCACAGAGGAGGAAAACAGUUUACUGGGUCAAGGAGACAUGUUGGAGACCUCCCCCAAGAGGGACAAGAAGACGGGAGUGAGGUUCACAGACUGGCACAAAAAUCGGAUGGCAACUGUUUGCAGUGAACAGUUUGAUCGGCUUUUAAGAGAAUGCCCAGAAUAUCAAGGCGCCAAGAGCUGCUUGGCUGCAUUUGUCCUGGAGAGAGAGGUAAUAGAUACUGGGGGCCAAUGCUGUGAGCUGUAUGAGGUGGUGGCAAUGGGAACAGGACAGAACUGCUGCAGUGGCUGGCUCUGUUUCACUGGCUCUGUCGUCCACGACUGUCACGCUAUCGUCAUUGCACGCCGAGCCCUCAAAAGGUAUUUGUAUAAGCAGCUCCUGCUAUAUUACAGCUCAGACCCAAAGUGUACUCAGCUCUCCAUAUUCGAGUGCUCUUCGGACAGUCAGCUGCUUCACCUCAAGCCAAAGCUCUACCUGCAUCUCUACACCAAUCAGACGCCCAAAGGGGCCGCACAAUGCAUAAUAAUGAGGUCUCAGAGCAGUAGCUACCCGUCUCUGAAGCUACAGUGCUACACUAAAGGCUCUUUGAUUCCUGCUACAUUCCUGCCACCCAGCAUCUGGGCAGCACGCAUCUGCUGUAUGUCUGACAGUGCUAAACUCACUCGCUGGACCGUCAUCGGAGUACAGGGGGCGCUCCUGAGCCACUUCAUUCAACCAGUCUACAUCACCAGUCUCACACUGGGUGACUCAAGGAACUACUCAGGAAAGGUAGCUGACACCAUCAACAAACGCCUGGGCACAGGGUUUGAGAAAGACCUGCCCCCUGCAUACAGACCAACCAGCAUCUUCUUCCUUAAUGGAGAAUCAGCGGGGCCUUCUGUCAGUUCCACUCAGUAUAAGGACCUCAGUAUCAACUGGUGCUUUGGAGACUCCAGCAUCGAGAUUCUGGACAGCACCACUGGUCUCGCCAUCAACAGCUCUCCAUUUGUGAGCGGUCCUGGAUUCUCCAGCAGGCUCUGCAAGAGAGCCUUAUAUUUCAGCUUCAGAAAAGUAGCGGUACAGGCCGAACAAGAGGCGCUCCUGACCUUCUCCACGUACCGUAAGGCUAAGAUGGCUGCCUGUGACUAUCAGAAAGCCAAGUCUGUGGUCAGUCAACAGUUCCUGACCAACAGUGCUGGACCCUGGAAUUCCAAACAACUCGUGGACAGCUUCUGUCGUUGA